AUGGGAAUCCUGAACCUCUCGCGUCUCAUCGCAGACAUCGCUCCGGAGGCCAUCCGUGAGGUUGAGCUGAAGUCGCUGUUCGGGCGGCGGAUAGCGAUCGACGCCUCGAUGUGUAUCUACCAGUUCCUCAUUGCCAUCAGAAACAAGGAUCAGCUCAUGACCAACGAGGCCGGAGAGACCACCAGUCACUUGAUUGGACUCUUCUACCGCACCAUAAAACUGCUGGAAAUGGGAAUUAAACCGAUUUAUGUCUUCGACGGAAAGGCACCACAACUGAAGUGCGGAGAACUCACCAAAAGAGCCGAACGACGCAAAGAGGCGGAGAACAAGUUGGCCGACGCUCUCGAGGAGCAGGACAUCGACAAUAUCAACAAAUUCAACAAACGUGUGGUUCGGGUCACCCGUCAGCACAACAGCGACUGCAAGAAGUUGUUGCAACUGAUGGGUCUUCCGGUGAUUGAGUCGCCCUCCGAAGCGGAGGCCCAAUGCGCCCAACUCUGCAAAGAGGGUCUCGUCUACGCCACGGCCACCGAAGACAUGGACGCACUCACGUUCGGGUCGCCGCGACUCAUACGCAACCUCACGAGUGGUAACAACGAGAAAGUGAAGGAAUACUAUUUGGAUAAAGUCUUGGAGGGACUCGAGAUGACGCACAACCAGUUCAUCGACUUAGGGAUUCUCAUGGGAUGUGAUUAUUGCGAUAGUAUUAAAGGCAUCGGCGGUAAGAAGGGCUUAGAGCUGAUGAAAGCCUACGGAAGUAUUGAGCAAAUUCUUGAGCAAAAGUACGGAAUCACUGAAUUCAUUGACGUCGACAUCGAUUACGGCGAUCGUGUGGUCGAAGUCGUCGAAAGCGAAGACACUGUUAAAGAGGAAGAGAGUGGCGAACAGAAAAACAAUGGAGACGUUGAGGACAAAGGAGAGCACAAAGAGAACGACGAAACGAAAGAAAACGGAAACGAAGACGAGUUGAAAGAAGAGUUGGACUCAACUCAAGAAACUGACGAAAACGUGGAUUCAGACAAAGAGGACUCCAAAGAAGAUAUAAACGAUUCCCUAAUAGAAGACGAAUCGAUAAAUGAAUCCCAAAAUGAGUCUCAAAGCGAUGCCAAAGUUAACGGCAAAAAGAAGUCUAAAGACAAAAAAGGGCCAAAAAUUCCGGACAACUGGCUCUUCACUGGCGCUCGAAAACUGUUUGUCACACCGAAUGUCUUGAAGGGAACCCUCACUGAAGCGGAUCUCAAGCAGAAAGAUAUUGACGAAGAAGCGAUCGUUGAGUUCCUAUGCGUUGAGAACGGCUUCAGUGAAGACAGAGUAAGGAAUGCCGUCAAAAGGAUUAAGGAUUCGAAGGGAAAGUGCUCUCAAACUCGAAUCGAUAGCUUCUUUAAGAUGAUGCCCAACACUAACCCGAAAGCAAAAACUGAUAACAAAUCCAAAACGGAUAACAAGAAUAAGAGAAGUGGUGCGCAAUCCAAGAAUGCGUCCAAAAGGGGUCGCCGUUAA